GUCGUCGUCAGUGUCACUGUUCCAUUCAGGCGAUAUGCACACCGUUGUCGGCUGGACUACGACACGGCUCGGCGCCCUAGCAGUUUGACCAAACGCGCAUGUGAAGUUCCCCCCUCCUUUUCACGAAGGUUGCAUCUAGACCUGACUAAAGGUCCGUCGCGAAACCUGAACUGUACUUCCGUACACAUUAUGCGACGGCGACACAACAUUACCCUAGCGACACUUGCUUGUCUCGGAACCGUAUACCUUGUUGCACAACAGCGAUAUGGUUUCUCAUAUGCGCAUGGAGACGGGCACAUCGACGGAAUCGAGAUCUUACCAUCUGACGGGCUCACUGUUUCCAUCCAUGGCGAUGCAUCCGCAAUCGGAGAGAAGGGCGUACUAGACGGUAUUCGGCCGUCCAGUUUAGCCAACGCACAUUCCGCUUCAGGUCAUCAACCGGAAUCUUCCCUCACCGGGGUCUCGCCAUCAUUUAGCACGGAACACAUACCUGGAACGAAAUAUAACUUCCAAGACGAACUCCAACUCGAGCUCCCUACUUCAGUGCUCCAAAAGUACUUGAAGCAAAAGCCUCGCAACUAUAAUCCCGAUGGCUCGAGAGGGUAUGCAUACGCAACCUUCCUCGCUACUCGCAAUCCUUCGCUGAAGGAUCCGUAUUUCCUCGCUAUCCAUUCGCUCAUCUACCGACUCCUCUGGUCCUCCCGGACACGUAGUAAAAGACACCCCUUCAUCGUCUUCGUAGCCGAAUAUGUCACCGACGAGCAACGCGCGCUGCUCAAAGGAGCUGGCGCGAUAGUUCGCGAGCUUUCGCCUCUCCACUGGGAAUGCAACGUCGACGGCGUACAAGAUCGAUGGAAAGACCUCUUUGCCAAGCUCAACAUGUGGAAAGAGACGGAAUUUGAGCGCAUCCUGUUUCUGGACGCUGAUGCUUUUCCGCUGUCAAACAUGGACGAGAUGUUUGAGCUUGCGCCAAUACAGGAAUGCAUACCGGAGAAGCUGCAUCUCGACGACUUCCUAGAGGAUGGUCCCGUGUGCGAGCCUUACAUCUUCGCUGGCGUCGCGCAAGACCUCGAUGCUAAACAUCCAAACAUUAAUGUCGGUUCAAUGGUCUUCACUCCAUCCUCACGCAUGCACGCUCGGCUGCUUCAGAACUAUGUAAAGACCGACAAUUACAAUUGUUUGAUGGCCGAGCAAGCGUUCCUGAACUGGCAGUUUGGUCCUGAGGGUGCAUAUCCCGGGACGAAGUUGGAAAGGCAGUGGGGAGGUUUCUUCCCCACCGAGUGGGAGGAAGGUCAGUUGAAGGUAGUGCAUGAGAAGCUCUGGAUCGCAGAGCAUGGGUGGAUGAAGGACGAAUGGAAACAAGGCUGGAAGGAUAUGAUUGCGUUCUAUGAGAGUAAAAACUUUGCGAAUGCUAGGAAGAGUGAUGGCAUGAUUGUUGAGAGUAAGUGAGGCAUUCAGGGCCUUGCUAUGAUUGCAUCUAGAUUAUGUGCAUCAGGACUUUCGUUUCCAAGACUUUCUCAUACCUACUAGAGUAAUGUAAAUGUUAAUGCUACGAUAUUCUGGAUUG